CCCCACGCCGUCCAUUUCCCAUCGUCGCCCCUCCUCACCCGUACCUUUGACGCCCAUCCUCGCGAGUCUUAUGACCGCUCACCUAUUGUCGUGUCGCCCAAUUCUUGCGCCCUGCCAGAGCGUGGCGGGCGCUGUUACACCCUCGACGACAGCCAGGCCUUUUACAAGGGUCUCCAUCCUCGCGCCCUAGCCCCCGUCCCAGAUCUUAUCCCAGACCUGUCUGGCUCAAGUGAUGAGAGCGACGGUGUGGCAAGUCCUCCCCCAGAG